AUGGUGUCCCAGCUGAGCGCCCUGCAACGGGAGCUGCUGGGCGCCCUGCUCAGCUCCGGGGCCACCAAGGAGGGGCUGAUCCGCGCCCUGGAGGACAUGGUGCCCGCCGCCGGCUUCGGCGUCAAGCUGGAGAGCCUUCCGCUGUCUCCCGGCGGGCCCCCCGACGGCAGGGCCGGGCUGCCGGCGCUGGCCAACGGGCACGGCAAGGGCAAGCUCUCGGGCGACGAGGGCUCCGAGGACGGCGACGACUUUGACACGCCGCAGAUCCUCCGCGAGCUGCAGUCGCUCAACACGGAGGAGGCCGUGGAGCAGCGGGCGGAGGUGGAGAGGAUGAUCAGCGAGGACCCGUGGCGGGCAGCGAAGAUGAUCAAGGGCUACAUGCAGCAGCACAACAUCCCGCAGAGGGAGGUGGUGGAUGUCACCGGCCUCAACCAGUCCCACCUCUCACAGCACCUCAACAAGGGCACCCCCAUGAAGACCCAGAAGAGAGCUGCCCUGUACACGUGGUACGUCCGCAAGCAGCGCGAGAUCCUCCGCCAGUUCAACCAGGCAGUCCAGGGUUGUGGAAAUAUGACAGACAAAGGCAGUCAGGAUCAGCUGCUGUUUCUCUUUCCAGAGUUCAAUCAGCAGAACCAGGGGGCUGCCCAGCUCGACGACGCCUGCUCCGAAACCCCCAGCAAGAAGAUGCGGCGCAAUCGCUUCAAGUGGGGGCCGGCCUCCCAGCAAAUCUUGUACCAAGCCUACGAGCGCCAGAAGAACCCCAGCAAGGAGGAGAGGGAGACCCUGGUGGAGGAGUGCAACAGGGCCGAGUGUCUGCAGCGAGGAGUGUCCCCCUCCAAGGCUCACGGGCUGGGCUCCAACCUGGUGACGGAGGUGCGGGUGUACAACUGGUUUGCCAACCGGCGCAAGGAGGAGGCGUUCCGCCAGAAGCUGGCCAUGGAUGCCUACAGCUCGGGCCAGCCCCCCCACAGCAUGAACCUGCUGCUGUCCCACGGCUCCCCGCACCACAACCAGCCCAGCGCCUCCCCGCCCAGCAAAAUGCCAGGGGUGCGGUACAGCCAGGCGGCGAGCGGCGACGCGGCGUCCUCGGGGGCCAUCAGCCACCACGGCGGCGCUGCCAUGGUCACCACCAGCCAGGCUGUCCUGCAGCAGGUCUCCCCGGCCAGCCUGGACCCCGGCCACGGUUUGCUGUCUCCCGAAGGUAAAAUGAUCUCCGUGUCGGGGGGCGGGCUGCCCCCCGUGAGCACCCUGACCAACAUCCACAGCCUGUCCCACCACAACCCGCAGCAGUCCCAGAACCUCAUCAUGACGCCGCUCUCGGGAGUCAUGGCCAUCGCCCAGAGUCUGAACACCUCGCAGGCUCAGAGUGUCCCCGUCAUCAACAGCGUGGCUGGCAGCCUGGCAGCGCUGCAGCCGGUGCAGUUCUCCCAGCAGCUGCACAGCCCACACCAGCAGCCGCUGAUGCAGCAGUCCCCGGGCCACAUGGCACAGCAGCCCUUCAUGGCCACCGUGACCCAGCUGCAGAACUCACACAUGUAUGCACACAAGCAGGAGCCUCCCCAGUAUUCCCACAACUCCCGCUUCCCCUCGGCCAUGGUGGUGACGGACACCAGCAGCAUCAGCACACUCACCAACAUGUCUUCCAGUAAGCAGUGUCCCCUGCAAGCCUGGUGAUGCUCCACACCUCGCUGCCUUUGCACAUAGCAACGGGAUCUUAUUUUCCACUCCGUCCCGCCGGCGAGCUGCGCUCACAGCCCGGGAGCCGCCGGCCGGAGCGCAGCCCAGCAGCGAGGAGCCCGGCACGGGGCC